GUAAUCUGUAUAAUCAUUUGGAUGCUCUUCACAUUUCCGAAAUGGAGGGAUCACCGUAUUAUGCUGUGGUGACUCAUUUGAACUUGGCAUUACUGCAAGUUUGGGCAUGGGAACGUGCUCUUCCUCUCGUAACACAUGCUCAUUCCGUCACAGCUGUUCGCAAGCGCUAUCCACCAAGUCUGAAGAACAACCAGCUUGAUUUUUUACAGAAAUUCCGCGAAUCUCCUCCCAUACUUCUUAAGUGGAUAGGAGUUAAGUCUCCCUCACUAUCUUGGGUCGAGUUGAUGGAUAAGGAGGCUGACUUCGUCUGGCGUCCAUACGUUAGCAUUUCUGAUGGUUUUUCAUUUGCGUUGUUGGAUGAAGAUGUUGAAUCUGAUGUGAGCGCAUAUAGUUCUUUGUUAGCUCGUACUCCGCUUUGGCUAUUUCCCUGUGGUUCCUCAGGUUCUUGGGCACGGUACAACCCACACAAAGUUAGGCGUCAGUUUGGGUAUGAUCAAGGUAUGCCGAGUGAGAACCCAGUGGUGCUUGACCACGAGCAUUCUGUGACUCCAUUCAUUCUGCGAGCCGGGCGUUCUUGUUUGAAUAAGGAACCUUUGCUGGCUUUGAAUUCUGAAAAUCCAAGAGUUGGGGUUCUUACCCGAAGAGCUUGUCAAUAUUGGAAUGAGAUAGCCGUUAGGUUCAAUGAUUACGCAGUGUCUGGUAGGGAUGAAUGCACUUUUCCUCCUCCGCCUUCCGUACCAAUUAACAGGUCGCGCCACAUGAAAUUUAGUCGUGGAUUGGUCGCAUAUUUUGCAAAGGAGAAAAUAGGUUUUGUGGCUUGGCAUGAUGAGGUAGCGGCUUGGGUGGCGUAUGCAGGCGAAGUUCCUGAACCUUGGAAAAAAUAUGAAAACAUGGCUAAAGCUCGCGUCUCUGCUCCUUUGGCGUGUGGUGAGGCCUUGAAUGCCAAGCCCCCAGCCAAGAGGGAAAGACUAGAAAUUUCCAUCAACGCCUUUGCCUUUCCUCCUCCUUUAUCUAAAAAAAUCCGCUCCUCAAUAGUUGCGGGCUCGAGGGUUUUACCCCGCACAGUGUUGGCGCUUCGCGCCAUGAAGGAUGACGCUCUCGCACCUUUAAAUUGUGCUGUCACAAUGCGUCCUUUGCCUGGACCUGAGGUUUCUGACAACCAGGUUCCUUCCUCUCCUGUGGUCUCUGAAGGAAAAGUGGACAUCCCAGAAUCAUUUGAAGAUGACUUGUCAGAUGAUUGUGAGGAUGUUGUAGUACCUAUUGUUGUUGCCUCUCCCUUUAUCACUACAGGAAAAAGGUCUUCAGUGGGCGACGACGAUGAGAUGACAAGUGAAAGCAAUGACGGGACAAGUGAAAGUUCAGCUGGAACCACAGGGACUUUGGAUGCAAGCAAGGGAGUCGACGCUGCCGGGGAGGCGACCAACACGAAGCUACAGGUUCAGGUUACCCUCGGUAUGGACGUUGAGGCACCCGUCGACACCACCAUCGUAUCAGAUUCUCAGGUCGAACCCACGUCCACAUGUCUUGAUUCCCUAGCUCUCAUUUCUAACGGGGAGCACAUUGAAGCUUUCUUGGGCAGAUUCGAACAAGACAGAAAUAAUGAGCAUGAGACUUCCCAUUUCUACAACUUUGUAGGCCCAAGCACACGUAUCCAUCAGUUCUCAGUCCCUUUAGAGAGUGUUCCAUUGUUGGAACAUCUAUGAACCAGGCACAAUGAUUUCAUCGGGCAGUUAACAGUCGGUUCAGUUGUCGGGAAUCCUUUAUUGAGGAUCCUGGCGGCGGUGCUUAUGGAUAUGCGAGAAACUCAGGUGAAUGCCUUAACUGAAGAACGGUUGUUUGAAUGGAGAGACGCUGUGAGAGACCUACAUAAGGCUGGUUUGGAUGUUUCCUUUGUUCUCUGUCAUCUUCGAGAUGUUGCUACAUCGUGGUUUCGGAGAGACGUGAGAAUUCGAUUGGCAUCUAUUGUGCGUCGGAUUUCUGAAUUGGAAAAAGAGCUCGCGAUACUGAAGUCAGAGAUGGCCCAUUUGCAAAGAAAUCCUCCAAAUUCCGUCAUUUUGGAUAACACCGCCAUUUACGGCCUGCUUUGAAUUUCCGCCAUCUCCUUAUCACACAAAUGUAUUUUGUAGGAGAAGUGCUUAGACCCCUCUCCCCUUUUUUUUUUUUUUCUUUUUUUUAGGUUGUGUACAU